ACACUGCGAUUCAUUGCGCCUCAUGGCAAUGACGACGCCACUGCUGCGCGGAACGCUGCUCGUCCGGAGCGACCAUGAUGACUGGCGGCCACGGCUCGUCGAGCUCGACGCCCAUCGGCUCAUUCGCGUGCUGCGCAUCGCGGAUGUCCAUCAUAACGUGGCGCAAGCAGAGGUGGUCUUGACAGACCGCGAUGCGUGGAUACGCGUCCAAGAUGCCAGCGUACACCCGCAUUGCUUUGUGCUCAAGACGAAGGACACGCGCAUCCUGCUUGCAGCGACGAGCGACGACGGCAUGUGGCGAUGGAUUGACUUUUUGCUCGAGCACCAUUGCGCGUCGCUAGCGGGGGUCGACGACACGACGCGGCCAUCGCUUGUGCUCUGGCGGCAGUCGUCGCUCGACGAACGCAUGACGCUGCGCGAGUCGACGCUGGAUGUGAGCCAGAGCGCCCAUUUCUUGCCACUCGAAUCCGACUUGGCCGCGCUCGGCGCCGAGGUCCAACGCAUCAUGACGUCGCGCCUCGGCAUGCAGCGGUUGUCGCUGCCCCACGAAACCGCGCUCUCCAAGUGCCACGUCUUCGUGUCGGACGGCUGGCAACGAGUUUCCAAGUUGCUCCUUCUGAUUGGCAAUGCAUGCCCCCACACGCCGCCGGGCAUUUGGAGUCGCCACGGGUGCACGAGGCUGGGCACCGAGCGCGGUUCGAUGCUUCCGUACCUCGAGCGAGCACAUGCAAGCGGUUUUGGCACCAUCGUGCUGGACAUGGGCACGCACUCCAACCUCUUUGCCACGGGACAUGGCCGCGUCAAAGUGCCGGUCAAAGGCAAUGAGACGCCCGAGGCGCAUCUCAAGUACGUCUGGACGCAGCUGCUACCGGCGACGACGGCGCGGGACGUCGUGGCAAUUGCGUACGGCCACGGCGGCACCGCGGUCCACGACUUUCUCCAUUUGCACCCGCCGUCGCUUACGUCCUUGCGCGCUGUCGCGUUCCUCGACUCGCGCCACAAGCCAGAAGACGACGUCGUCGGUCGGUUUCUGCGCGCGCGCAGCGUCUCGUGGGAGCGCUGUGGCACCGUCGUGGCGGGCGCCCCGCUCUACAAGGUGCCGCCGAUGCGCCGCUCCGAGCUCUUUGACGCGCAAGUGGCGGGGUGGCGGCUCUCCACGGGCGCCGACGAAGACGCGACGCCGCUUCUUGCCCUCCCCAUGGUGCUCGACUACCUCGAGUUUUGCUUGGACGUGGACGACGACGAGAGUCCCGGCGUGUGCUCCGACCGCUGGGUCGCCAUGCGCGUCAACUAA